AUGAAGAGCGUGGUAGUGGCGCUGGCAGCCCUGCAAUACGCCUCGAGCGUAUCUGCUGCAUCCACGCCGCGAGGUGUUGGGCCCGAAUGUACGUCAAAAACAACCAAAACCUCCCCGGAAGCUCUGCUAGACAUUUCCCUUCCUCUUCCUUGCCAAAAAUGCCAUUCUAACCCUCCCUCUCCCGAAUAGUCGCCCAAUUCUACCAGGACACGAAACGCUUCACCUGCGUCUCCAACCCCAAAAUCACCGUUCCCUUUUCGCGAGUCAACGACGAUUACUGCGAUUGUCCCGACGGCUCAGACGAGCCGGGCACUUCGGCCUGCGCACAUCUCUCCCCUCUAUCGCCGCACACACCCGCCGACAGCAUCCCUUCCGCAGUGAACGUCACAGCUGUCCUCCCGGGCUUCUACUGCCAGAACAAGGGCCACCUCCCCAGCUACGUGCCCUUCACGAACGUCAACGAUGGCAUUUGCGACUACGAGCUCUGCUGUGACGGAAGCGAGGAAUGGGAAGGCGUAGGAGGCGUGAAAUGUAAAGAUAAGUGUGACGAGAUUGGCAAGGAAUGGCGGAAACACGACGAGGCGCGGCAGAAGGGACGCUCCAAGGCGUUGAAGAAGAGGGAGGAAUUGGUGCAGGAAGCGAAGAGGUUGAGGCAGCAGAUUCAGGAUCGCUUGCAGAGCCUCACGACCGAGAAGGAAGGACAGGAGAUCAAAGUCAAGAAUCUGGAGAGGGAAUUGGCCGAGGUACGGAAGAGUGAGGCUGGGAAGGUUGUGAAGAGUUCGGGAGGCACGGGCGGGAAGAUUGGACAGUUGGUCGAUCUGGGAUCGAGGAGGACUGAGGAACUGCGGAGCAAGUUGAAGGAUGUGAGGUUCAAGCUCACCGACAGCCAGUCGAGGCUGAAGCAGCUGGAGAGUAUCAUGAGUACAUUCCACGAGGAGUACAACCCCAACUUCAACGACGAGGGUGUGAAGCGGGCUGUGAAAGCCUGGGAGGACUACAUUGCCGGCUCUGGUUCUCAAGACCAACCCAACGACGCCACGGAGCGUGAUUUGGACGAGAUCGUGAAGUCCGACGCCGAGAAUGGCCUCGACUGGACCGCCUACGCCGAGGAAGAAGAAGAGGAGCUCGUAGCCAGCAAGUCCCCCACAACCACACUUGCCCCAACUCCAUCCACUAACCUCUCUCCCAGUCUACUCCUUCCUCGAAUACCUCCCCCCAUCCCUCCGCGGCUGGCUCGACGACUCCCUCCGCUCCCUCCGCCAAACCCUCAUCGACAACGGCAUCCUCGCCUCCUCCCCCUCCUCCACCCCCAACGAGAGCAAGAAAGUGCAAGACGCCCGCGCCGCCCUAGAAGCCGCCCAGAAGGACCACGAAACGCACGCCAAAACCCUCCAGGAAACCACCGAAGAUCUCGCCCGCGACUUCGGCCCCGAGGACGUCUUCCGCGCUCUCAAGGACCGCUGCGUCGAGCGCGACAGCGGCGAAUACACCUACGAACUCUGCUACCUGGCCAAGACGACGCAGAAGCCGAAAAAGGGCGGCGGGAACACGAACAUGGGCAAUUACGUCGGGCUCACGACCCUCGCCGUCGACGAAGACUUGCCUCCGAACGGCAAGGGCCUCGGGUCCGGGGAGCGGAUCGCAAUGAAGUAUGAGAAUGGGCAGCAUUGCUGGAAUGGGCCGCAUCGGAGCACGACGGUGGUGCUGGCGUGCUGGGAGGAAGAUGAGAUCUGGAAGAUCAUGGAGGAGGAAAAGUGUGUCUAUCGCAUGGAAGUGGGCACGCCUGCGGUCUGUGCGGAGGGCGAUAAUCAUGUGCGAGCGGGGAAGGCAGGGGGCGCUGGUGGCAAGGAUGAGUUGUAG